AUGAACAAGCCUACCUGGGUAGCAUGGAGAACUAUCUCCUCUGCAAUAUUUAUCACGACUUCUAUUAUAAUAAUAUUUUUUCUACACCAAGAGAGGGCUUUCAGAAUACCGAACUAUGAAAAACUCACAAACCUGGUAUCAUUGAGUCGUCGAAAUACUGGACAAUUAGUUCACUCGAACCUGCCCGUUGGCGCUAAAAUCCAUGCUAGAGAAGAUGGUUUGCCUAACGAAAACCAGACGGAGAUCCUUAAUCCACGAGCACCUGAUGAUUUCUGGCUGACGCAAGUUGAACAUGGGCAUCAUCCUCAUGCACCGGCUGGCUACCAAGUUUUCCGAAACGUCAAAGAUUUCGGUGCAAAGGGAGACGGAAUCACUGAUGACACGGAAGCAAUUAACAAAGCAAUAUCCUCAGGCAAUAGAUGUGGACUUGGCUGUGGCUCAACUACAGUCCUAGGUGCCAUUGUUUAUUUUCCUUCAGGAACGUACCUUGUCAGCACACCGAUUAUUCAAUUGUAUUAUACUCAAUUCAUCGGAAAUUACAACAACAGGCCUAUCAUCAAGGGUUCUAAAGACUUUGUCGGAAUUGCAUUGAUUGAUACUAAUGUCUAUAUACCUGGAGGAAAUGGCGACCAAUGGUAUAUUAACCAGAACAACUUUUAUCGUUCAAUUCGGGAUUUUGUUCUCGACUUGCGAGAUAUGUCACCAGAUUCUCAAGGUUGGCCUCCAACGGGCAUGCAUUGGCAGGUUGCUCAAGAGACCAGUCUACAGAACAUUCACUUCGUCAUGAGUACUGCGCCGGGGAAUAACCAAGUUGGAAUAUUCACUGAGAAUGGAAGCGGCGGCUUCCUUACCGACCUAACAUUCUUUGGCGGAAAUAUUGGUAUGAAAUGUGGUUCUCAGCAAUUCACAGCAAGAAAUCUUCAAUUCACUUCCCAGGUUACCGCCAUUAAGAUGAUCUGGGACUGGGGUUGGACUUGGAAAAACAUCAACAUAAAUUCAUGUGGGGUGGGUAUUGAUGUGACAUCUGAAGGAGAAGGCGACCAACCUAUUGGAUCCAUAGUAGUUCUGGAUUCAUCUUUCUCCUCGGUCCCUAUCGGAAUUCUCACUUCUGAUCGGACGAAUAUCUACCUUGAAAAACUCAAACUUGAUUCAGUUGCUUCUGUGGUCACUAUUUCCGGGGGCCCCUCCAUAUUGGGUGGGAAUGGAAUUGGCAUUGUAGAAUCAUGGGGCACAAAGACAAAAUAUACCCAGUUCGGUCAGGUGCAACCUUCUAGUGGAAAUGGGAACAUUUCGCCAGAGAUUCGCCGAGCCCCAGAACUUGUCGAUUCGAGCGGCAAGUAUUUUGAAAGAAGCCGGCCGCAGUACGAGUUACUCGGGGCUUCAUCUUUUGUCAGUGUCAAGACUUUCGGGGCUGUUGGUAACGGUCAAACGGAUGAUACCGCUGCAUUGAACUCGGCAUUAGCUUCGGCUGCAUCAUCGGGGAAAGUUUUGUGGUUGCCGAUGGGGCUUUACAAAGUCACAGGAACGCUCAACGUUCCAGCAGGUACUCAUCUUACUGGCGAAUGUUGGUCCCAAAUCGUCGCUUCAGGUAGUUUCUUCGCAAACGAACGGCGUCCCCAGCCAGUUUUAAAAGUUGGAGCAAGAGAUGGACAGCCUGGCGCCGCAGAGCUAUCGGAUAUCAUCGUUACGACUUCGACAAGCUCUGGCCCAACAGGUGGGGCUAUUCUAGUUCAGUGGAACUUGAAGAGUUCCAGCCCAGGAGCAGCAGGAAUGUGGGACGUUCUCCUACGCGUCGGGGGCGCUGCUGGUACGAAUCUUCAAACAGCGCAAUGCCCGAAAUUAAGCGGUGUCGAAAACAACUGUAUAGCUGCUGCAUUAAUGCUACAUCUAACCCCUCAAAGUGCCGGAUAUUUUGAAAAUGUCUGGGCGUGGGUUGCUGACCACGAUCUCGACACACCAGCCCAGACUCAGAUAAGCAUAUAUGUCGGCAGAGGCAUUUUGAUCGAGUCACAAGGCCCUAGUUGGUUUCAUGGUACCUCAAGUGAGCAUGCUGUUCUGUAUCAAUAUCAACUCGCAGGUGCGAAAAACAUCUACUUGGGGUCCAUACAGACAGAAAGCCCUUAUUUUCAACCGGCUCCUGUUGCCCCGGAACCAUUUGCCUCGUUACCCCUCGUCUACGCAGGGGAUCCGUCCUUCAAAAAAUGCUCAGGAAGUUCCGCUAAAUGUGCAAUUUCGUGGGCACUUCGUAUAAUUCGAUCAGAGGGUAUUUUUAUUUAUGGUGCCGGAAUGUAUUCAUGGUUCUAUAACUAUGACCAACCUGUAUGCCUCCCCGGGGAACAUUGUCAAGAUAGCCUGUUUGAAACCUCCUAUUCAGAGAAUAUUUGGGUUUACGACAUCUACACGAAAGGAGCUAAAGAGUCAGUCAGCCCUAGGGGAGCUGGAGCAGUACCCGCUUUACAAAAAGAUAACCAAAAUGGCUUUCUUUCAACGAUCACAGCGUGGCUGGAGCUUGCAUCCAAGGGCAGUUCUGUUUAUGGUGAACCUGAGCUUGGUUCAAGCGGUAGCCCCGAGAAUGCUACGAUCGUGUCCUUAACCUGCACAUCGUUAGCGCCAUGUGCAACAUUUACUUUGACACCGUCUUGUAUAAAGGAGGUCGCAAAUUUGCCGGCAUCUGGUGCCCAAAACCAACCGCCGGUGCCAGCAACCGAAUGUCACGAGGAUUGCAAUAUAUGGCGUAGACUUACCGGCACCUGCUGCGGAGUAGGAGGGUCUAUGUGUAAUCCGGUUGUUGUCCCGUCUGGCGCCGAACUCCCAUUUCCUGUACCGCUCUCGGGUGUGAAAUUUACAACUCCGGUAACUGUCGGUACGCAUACAUAUCCUGCUUCUACUCCGUUACCAACAGAUGCUCACCUUGGUGACGACGACGACGAUGACGACGAUGACGACCACGACAUAUGGUUUCCCAUACCAUUUAUAAUACCCAUCCCAAUACCGCUUCCUUUGGACCCUCCUCUGCCACCCCCGCCGGUCAACUGCGAAUCUUCAGGGCUUUGUUGUACUCCUGACGUAUCCGACGCAUUGGGCUUCUGUUCUAAUGGAAACUAUCCUCUAUGGGAUAACGUCAAAAAUAUCAUUGACUGUACUGUCGGAAAUCUAGCUGAUGCUCUUGGUUUGAGAAGCAGUUGCCAAAUAAGUCUUGAUGACAGCCCUAUAGAAGCUGCCGAAGCUAUCGAAGAUGCAAGAACUUGCCGACUACCAGAAUCGAAUAUAUGUGGAGCAUCACCCUUCGGACUAAAAGCUCGGGAUAGUUCAGAAGAGCUUCAAAAUAUACAGAAAAGGGACAGAGUAUUCGGGGCCAAGUGGAAGGCUUGCGAUUUCAGCACUCAACCGGGAUUUCCAUGGGCAGUUACCGGGGAUUACCAUGCCGUCUACACUUGUAAGGGAUCUGCGGAUUAUUUCCCAAAUAUCUGCGGUAACCUCCGAUCUGCAAUCGAGGCUAGGGGGCAACCUAGUAUUGUGACUCGUAUAACGCAUGCACGGGGCCUGUCCGGAUCUAGAACGACUGAGGAUUGGUAUGGUGCUCGCCCGGAGAAUGCUGGCACUGCGUUGGGAGAAACUGGUGGGUGGAGAAUAGUAGGAUGUAACGUUGAGGAGUACCCAUUCUGGUCCGUGAAUACUCUUCCAGCCCCAGCGCGUGAUCAUCCUGUACUUCGGCUCGUGGAGCAAACGGAAAACUCGCAGCAUGCUUCGGAUUGGGACCAGUUUUUAGUUGCGGUUGAUCGAUAUUACUUCAAAUCAUAUCGCUCAGGAACGGUAAUGACGACACGCCUUGACUCUGCGGAUUAUACAACUGCAGCUGGCGCCCCUCCCGGAGUAAUGCCCAGGAGCAGUCUAACCUUCAAGAUAACCUGGGAUGCUGAUACUCCGGGUGAGCAUGACAGUAAUUGGGGUCUCGAGGACCGUGGGAAGAAUAUCUGCGGAAUUCCCUUCGGGUCAGAUUUUCUCGUUGUUGGACCCUAUCCACCAGGUCAUGCGAGCGAGCCGUAUAACGAUCCUUACUUAACCCGGGCUGGGAAUACAGAAUCAACGCUACAAUUUUGCGACUGGCCAUCACCCGGAACCCUAAGCAUAAAACAAGACAUACCCCCACAAAGCCGAGAGAUCACCUAUGCUGCUGCUCAAGGUCCGCCAGGAGGGACUAUACCACCAUAUCCUCCCUUAGUUAACUGGGCAUGGGAACAGACGACGUUUGUGGGUGAUGGAAGUACCACGACUAUGCUAAAAGAGGUUCCGACUUCCUGCAGACCCUGGCCGCUUGCAAGCCUUGUUGUCCCCAGUGAGCCCGCUACCUAUCGUAUCCCUUCCAAUAUGAACGAUCUGCCUGUUUGGCCCAACCUAGCCACCCGGGAUUUAGGGGCCAAACGGAAUGUUGACCCUGAACCUGGGGUGUUUGGGCCUAAUGAGGGCCCAGAUGAGACUAUGAGCCCAAAUCCCCAAGAUGUAUUGCGGACAGCCCACCGAAAACCCCUACAAGUCCGACGUCGCCGUGCUCGUCGUGAAUCGCGGCCUGCCGAUCGCGAUGGGUACGAAAUACCCAACGAAAAGGUAUCGAAUAACUCAUCACCCGGUAUCCUUUCCCCAUUGUCAGUUGUGAAACGCAGCGGGGAAUUGGGUAGUUUCCUAGACCCCCUUGUUUACAAAAUCUUCCCAGAAUGUAGAAAUGGGGCAGAUGAGGGGUAUGAUCCCUGCUACAUGAAUUCUAAAUGCCCAGACAAACUACCCUAUCCCAGUUCAUCCGACACUUUCCCUCCGGGUGGAAAUAAUGGUGGGGGAGGUAGUAAUCCAAAUAUCGGGAGGUCGUGGAUUCUGCUCUGGGAGGGUAUCUGUGAUAAUUCGGGUGUUUGUGCCCAGACCUACUGGCGUGGACAGGAUUGGACAAAGACACCACCUUCAACAGGGGAUAUUGCUGAUGCUUGCGAAACUGAGUCGCAGCAAACUUGGGAGACACCUGGUAGAACCGAUGGCUUGUUUCCUGACUCCCUUAGUGGGGUUCGCCAUUACGGUCAGAUGUGCUCUUAUAAAGGCAACGGGAACCAACAAUUAGAACCUGGCCUAGAAGUUGGCACAUUGACCUGCGGUCGCUUCAACGCUAAGUGCACCGCCUUACGCCCGCGCGAAGAACAGAUAUGCUUCUGGGGCCAAAUACUCGCGUUGGCAACUUGUGUCUGGGUGUAA